UCAUGUCGAUAUCUCUUUGCAUAGAUGUGGAAAUAAAGCUGUGUAACGAUAUGCCAGAACGUGUCUCAUCUCCCCAAGUCAAGUGAGAGAACAGCAGACGCAUGGAACGUAGCACCGCAGUACUACAGAGCCCAAGAACAACCAACUACGCGGAAAAUGGCAUACCUCAGCAUUGUGUCCUGCACGUCCUGGGAGCUACCACCUAUGCGGUUUGGUUUGGUGGUGCGAGACAAGGGGGCAUGUCGUCAACGGCGAACAUUGUGACUGAUGGACGUCAAGAUGGGUGUGUCGCAGGACGGAGAGGGCGACGGGCGGCGGGAUACCGGACAAGACAACCUACUGGCUACGUAGGCCAUCAAUGGAAGCUCAUCGCUGCCGUGCAUUGGAAUCGCAGGCCAAAUACAGAGAGGAGAAGACGUUGGGCUCGCAGGACGAUUGAUAGACUCCCGUACAGAUAUGUCCUUGUACAAUUCAAACCUAAAUUGUUUGUUAGCGCGGAAUUUGGGUAUUACACCUCAUCUUCUUUCACUUUGACCUUCUCAUAUUCUUUCUUUCUUCUCUUCCUCUUCCUCUUCCUCUUCCUCAUUAUUCUUUUCUUUCUCUUGCCCACUCGCGCCCCAUGGCCGUUUGACACCGAUUUGCCGGGGUGUUAGCCCAUGCACUGUCGCCUCUAUCGUGUAUCCCUUGAGGUCUUUGACGUAUGUGUCGACGUGGCCGAACACAAACUUCCCGCCAUUCUUGUCGCCCUAUGGACUAGCCCUGUCACCCCAUUAAUGUAGCAUAGUGACCACGUUCUUCUCUCCUCGUCCGGGCUCCUAAAUCGCCGAUCCAACUAGCCGCCAAGGG